AUGUUUCCAUUAAUAAAGAAAUUUGCAAUUCUUCUCCUCCCUUCAAUGGCCAAUUUAGUUUAUUUGCCAUUUAAAUUAAUUAUGCGUGAAGAUUUAUAUUCAGGACAUCUAAUCGAAGACCUUGAAGUGGAUCCCUCCCAUAGUGGUGCUUCCAAUGGUUCAACUGAAGCAGACUCUAGUCUCCUUCGGAGGAAUCAAACUGCUCUCAUGAACGCAGUGAAGAUAGUUUGGCAACGACUGCAGGCCAAUUUGAGGAGUUCCCUCGCCUCAAUUAGACGAACAGUGAAACAGCGACACGGUCAAGAGGUGGCAGAUCAACUCAUUUCAGGUUGUCUCUUCCUUCGCUACAUAUGUCCAGCCAUUCACGGUCCAACUCUCUUUGGCCUGACCAAUGCUAUUCCGGAUGACCCACGCGUUUCUAGAAACCUCACUCUCCUGGCUAAAGUCCUCCAAACCAUCGCCAACUUCUCGCAUUUCGAAGCCAAGGAGAACUAUAUGCGUUUCCUAAAUGAUUUUGUCCAAUCCAUGCAGGAAGAAAUGCACCAAUUUCUACGUUCCGUUUCCACGGUCGAAGAGAAAAAUAAUUCGGGAAUUUGCAAACGUCAAAUGACAAAUGUGUCUAAUUGUCACAAUAAUAUUGACUUGGGCUAUGAAUUGACAAUGCUCUACCGUCAACUUAAAAACAUUCUAGAUAAGGAUCCGAAGGUUCGUAGUAACAUCCAUUUAUUUAGCCUCACAGAGGAGAAGAAAUAUCAAAGUGAAAAAAAAUCGAGAGGGGGGGGGAACAGAAGAAUGUUUCAAAGAUGUAAAGGAGAGACACAAAGGUAG